AAUAGAAGCCUGGAAUAAGCUGUGCAGUACCAUUCCCCUCUGGACCUCAAACCUGAAUGCUUAACUGACCAACAAAGCUUUGACAGGAAAAAAGUUAACACACACUGGAAAUCAAUACAACACAUGCUGUGCUUCGUCUCACUGGGAGUCUGCAAACGCCUUGGCCUUUAUCUCAUUGAGUUGCGAAUUUCUAAGGCAGAGACAAAAACAUAUGGCAUGAAGAAGGGAUAUUGACUUGUUGUCCAUGACUGGACCGGUUGAAAAGGACUCCCCACCUGAUGUGGAUCAUGUUAACAUUCUAGCUCACUCUCAACAUCAACAUGGCUGGACCGCCCAGGCUUUGACUCUGAAACCAAAUUAAAUAACCCCUGGUUCAGCUUUAAACUAGGACAGAGCGAGCCAUCCCUGUGUAUUACUAUCAUCUCUGAGUGUGGACUCACUGAGGGUUAUUGAAGAGGAUGAGACCAUGAAAGCAGCAGUUGAUAGGGAGCCGUGGUCUGGGGUGUUGUGCUCGGCCUGGCUGGAGUGGAGAUAAGAGCUUGGGCGAGCGAGAAAGCAGAGGUUUGAUGAGACCAGAGCAGAAUACAAAUCAGCGUCUGCCGUCCCUCCGCCGGACUUCAGCAUCAAACCAAUAUUAGUGUGUCUACUGAAUUAAUAAUGCCAACAGUUGUGCAUUGAAAGGUACGAGUAUAACCAAAAUCUAUAAUAUGAAACUAAAUAGCAAUCAUCACUUUUGAGAAGAUCAAAACGGAGAUAAGCAAAUAACCCAGUGUGUCUUCAAGACUGAAAUAAGGGAUAACGGAUCCAUCACGUCCCAUGGAUACGUGUGACAACCAAAAGUGACAUCCAUCGAUGCAGUCUUCUUUACCAUGCGGAGAAGACAACGUGAAGCGUAAGCUCUGAUCGAUUGAGGUGAUGUGCCUCAUCUAGACCUGGAACAAAGGUUUACAGGGGAACGGCGAGAUGGAUCAGGAUAAUAGCUCCGUUGAUUCAAUCUUCACCAACGCCACAGAGAGCCCCAAAACUUCAGAGGCACACUGGGACGAGGCCAUUCUCCUAGGUCUGCAGAUCUCCCUGUCGGCCAUCCUGGCCAUCAUCACCCUGGCCACCGUACUGUCCAACGCCUUUGUUAUUGCCACCAUCUUCCUGACCCGGAAGCUGCACACGCCAGCCAAUUUUCUGAUCGGUUCGCUAGCCGUGACAGACCUGCUGGUGUCCAUCCUGGUCAUGCCUAUCAGCAUCGUGUACACGGUGAGUAAGACCUGGUCCCUGGGGCAGAUCGUCUGCGACAUCUGGCUGUCAUCAGAUAUCACCUUUUGCACCGCCUCCAUCCUGCACCUGUGUGUCAUCGCACUGGACCGCUACUGGGCCAUCACUGAUGCCCUGGAGUACUCCAAGCGCCGGACGAUGCGUCGAGCGGGCCUGAUGAUAGCGGUGGUGUGGGUGAUCUCCAUCUCUAUCUCCAUACCGCCGCUCUUCUGGAGGCAGGCCAAGGCCAACGAGGAAGUGAUGGAGUGCCUGGUAAACACGGACCAGAUCUCCUACACGCUCUACUCCACCUUUGGGGCCUUCUACGUGCCCACCGUGCUGCUGAUCAUCCUCUAUGGCCGGAUCUACGUGGCCGCCCGCUCGCGCAUCUUCAAAACUCCGGUGUCGUCCGGCAAGCGUUUCACCACGGCCCAUCUCAUCCAGACGUCAGCUGGCUCCUCCCUCUGCUCCAUCAAUUCUUCUGCCUCCAACCAGGAAAGCCACCUGCAACCUGGAGGGGGAACCAGCGGGGGUGGAGGAGGAGGCAGAGGUGGGUCGCCUCUCUUCAAUAGCGUGAAGGUGAAGCUGGCAGACAGUGUGCUGGAGAGGAAGCGUCUGUGCGCCGCCCGGGAGAAGAAGGCCACCAAGACGCUGGGCAUCAUCCUGGGAGCCUUCAUCGUGUGCUGGCUGCCUUUCUUUGUGGGUACCCUGGUACUGGCCAUCUGCAAAGAAUGCUGGUUCCACCCAGUGCUCUUCGACGUGUUCACCUGGCUUGGCUACCUGAACUCGCUCAUCAAUCCCGUCAUCUACACCGCCUUCAAUGACGAGUUCAAACUGGCCUUCCACAAACUCAUCAAGUUCAAGAGAUGCUACUGAGGGAAUGCGAGGAUUGAACAUUCAAAAUUUAAAUCCAUAACCUAUUCUCUUGCCUUACUUAGUAAAUACCAGUAUGAUAUAGGGCCUAUUCAUAGAAACACUGUACUGUUGCAUUAGUUCAUGUUGUAAACACACAUGCUCAUUGUGUUUGGUCUCUGUACAUGUUUCUGUACAUUGGAACUUCAUUGACCGGCUUAUGAGGUGCCACAGCUCUUUCAGAUAUUUCCUUAAUACAGAUGUAUGCAUGAAUUUCUAAAAGAAGAGAGAGUAAAACAUAUUCAGACUACAAAACUAAUUAUAAAUGAGGGUUUGGGUUUGUAUAUUACAGACCCCAAAAGAACAGACUUAUUGAGACAAAUGAAUGAGACUAGGCAGUAUGAGACUGGGAUCUCCUUUGGAUGGUAGACAUGAGGGGAUUGAUCCAUGGAUUAUAACUGAGAAGCGGAUUAUAAACCCCCAUCGUACUGGAAAAGCCAUAGCAUGUUGUCACAGAAAUGUCACAUUACAGAGGCUCAUCGUCCAUAACACGUCUGUGGUACAGUACAAUAGAGAAAUAUAUAAAGAUGAAGUCGUACGCUCUUUAUGUGUAUGCGUUUGUUUCUGUGUGGAGGAGGUGUCACUUUGCUCUAGGUGUGAGGGUGUGUGCGUAUUGGGUCCGUAUUGAGUGUGUCAAGAACUGUAAUGCUGCUGGGUUUUUCACGCUCAACAGUUUCCCGUGUGUAUCAAGAAUAGUCCACCAACCAAAGGACAUCCAGCCAACUUGACACAAAUGUGGGAAACAUUGGAGUCAACAUGUGCCAGCAUCCCUAUGGAAAGCCUUGCAGAUUCCAUGCCCCCAGCGAAUUGAGGCUGUUUUGAAGGCAAUAGGGGGUGCAACUCAAUAUUAGGAAGGUGUUCCUAAUGUUUUGUACACUGUGUACAUUUAAAAAAAAAUACUAUCUUUGAGAACUAACAAUCUAACUAACAAAAGCGAGACAGUCACAGAGAAUCAAACAUUCCCAAAACCAAUCAUUCAGUAC